UUGGUGUUCUCCAUGACAACUCUAUUUUGUCAGAUCAAUAUUUGGGUUCAUUUUUCAAAUACUCUUGUGGAAAAUGCGUGUAACGUUUUGUACCGAUUUGGAUAAAAGUGUUGUUGUUGCAAAUUGUGAGAAGCGAGGUUGGAUCCAAGUAGGACCUGACGAUGAGUGGCAUAUCUAUUGGGCUGGAACUCUUACUUGCCGCAGUUUAUUCAGUGUCGAUAGUGGAUAUCGAAUGAAUGAUAAUCAGCUGAUCAAUCAUUUUCCGAACCACUAUGAAAUUUCUCGCAAAGAUCUGCUAGUGAAAAAUAUAAAGCGCUACCGCAGAGACCUCGAGAAGGAGGGCAAUUCACUGGCUGAAAGAGGCGACUCCAAGUACCUGCAUCUCGACUUCAUUCCCGUAACGUUCGUUCUGCCCGCCGACUACAACAUGUUUGUCGAGGAGUACCGAAAAGCUCCUCAGAGCACCUGGAUCAUGAAGCCGUGUGGGAGGUCGCAAGGCUCCGGAAUUUUCCUGAUAAAUAAAUUAUCGAAACUGAAGAGAUGGUCAAGGGAGUCGAAAACACCGUUUCAGCAUCAGUUAACGAAAGAGAGUUAUGUUAUCUCGAAAUACAUCGAUGAUCCACUUCUCAUUGGAGGCAAGAAAUUUGAUUUGAGGCUCUAUGUUCUCGUCACAUCAUUCAGACCAUUGAAAGCAUAUCAGUUUCGACUUGGAUUCUGCAGGUUCUGUACUGUUAAGUAUGACUCCAGCGUUGCUGAAUUGGAUAAUAUGUACGUUCAUUUGACCAAUGUAUCCGUCCAAAAACAUGGAGGUGAAUAUAAUUCUCUUCAUGGUGGAAAACUGAGCGUUCAAAAUUUGCGAUUGCAUUUGGAAAGUACCAGAGGAAAACAAGUAACUGAGAAAUUAUUCGAUCAAAUAAGCUGGUUGAUUAUCCACUCUUUGAAAGCCAUUGCCCCAGUUAUUGCGACCGAUCGUCAUUGCUUCGAAUGUUAUGGAUAUGAUAUAAUCAUUGACAACAAGCUGAAACCAUGGCUGAUAGAAGUCAAUGCAUCACCAUCACUAACAUCAACGACUGCGAAUGACAGAAUACUGAAACAUAAAUUGCUCGAUAACCUGCUCAACAUUGUCGUUCCACCUUCAGGCAUGCCCGAUGUCCGAUGGAAUAAGAUUCCGUCUCCAGAAGCUUUAGGUGACUUCGAGUUACUAAUUGAUGAAGAUCUGGUUAAUCUCCAAGAUAAUUCGGAUAAUCCCAACGGAAUCAAGGGAGCGUAUAAAUGGAAAUGAGAAUCAUCAUUGUGACGGAAUAAUAGUUCAGAUUUCAUUUCUGGUCGUUUUCUUAAUAAACUUACUGA